GUACCGUAGUGCCGGUGUCUCCAACAUCGCUCACAAUUUCCGAGGCGAAACCAAAGACGAAAAAUGCUCUCCAACAACCAAAGAAUUCUCAUCGUGGCCAUGAUGAUGCUGAUUGGUAAGGCGUCGGCUUUUGUCUCCGUGCCUACACCAUCAACUGCUCUUCCGAUUAGUACCCGAAGCAAUGGACCAUCCAAGGUACCAGUUGACACCCAGUUGGAUCUUUUUGGCAACGGUGGUUUCUCGUUUGGGUCCAGUGCCAGUGCAAGCGCAACCAAGGAAAAGCCGAAACAGCGAGUGGUGACAGUCAAUGGAAAGCCAGUUCCAUCGGCGAGAACGGGGCAGAAGAUUCUCGCAGUGGCCAAGCGGGCGCGAGUGAACAUUCCGACGUACUGUAAACGUGGGGCAUGUGGUACUUGUACGUGUUACUUGAACGGAGUCAAAGUCCAUGCCUGCAUGGAACCUCUUCCCGCUGGUCGUGCCGAAAUUCAGACCAUGUAAGAGAGAAGGACGUGGACGUGACUAUGAAUGUCUGUGUAUGAAGUGAAAGUGCGUUAUGGCAAAGAGGUAUCAAACGUCGAGAGCCUCGCAAUCAGCGAUGCCAUCCCAUCGAGCCAGGCCGUUUAUCCUACAAUAGUCUACUACUAGUACAUGUAGUAGUCAUACCUCCAAAGAGAUACAUAGAAAACCUAAUAUGAAUUAUCUUGAAGCGAGC